AAGUUGUAAUGUGCCUGGUUGACUAGUUGUGAUUGUGCAAAUACGUGGUAGUAUAUAUGUUCACGUUAUUUCACAUUGUAUUUGAGGAAAUGGGAUCCAACGUGGAGCUGGUAUGGCCAGAGGCAGAGGUAUAUUCGUCACGGGUGAACAACUGCUCACAUGCAAAUUCAUCUCUAGCUGCAAUUCGAGCGAAGUUGAGUGCGGAACAAUUAGAACAAUUCAAGACAUCAUGCUUUGGCCAUCUUCUGACUAUAGAUAAGAUUCAGUUUAGCGGGCAGAUUGUGCAUGGGGUUGUGUUGCGUAGAGUAGCGGGGCAGGGUGUGAAAGACUUGGAUGGACUGAGUUUCUUAUUAGGGUGUGACGCUGCUCAGUUCACUCGUCAGGAUUUCUGUUUGAUCACAGGGUUUCGUUUUGGGGAAGUGCCUGAAGUUUCCAGUGGAGAGAGUGAUGAAAUCAGACUUCAGAAAAGAUAUUUUAUAGACGAAGGAAUUACAUGCAAUGCUUUAGAAGAAGCAUUUGUGAGGUGCACAGAGGAAGAUGACAUCUACAAGCUAGCUCUUGUUUACUUUGCUGAGUUAGUGGUUUUGGGAAGGGACAAACAUUUGAACAUCAAUCUAAAUUACCUGACCCUUGUAGAGGACUUGGAUGCGUUCAACAGGUAUCCGUGGGGUUCGGUGUCCUUUGACAAAACCCAAGACAGUCUAUUUUCUGCACCAACAAAGUAUGUGAAAAGCUUGGAAAAUGAAGAGGGAAGAGGGAAGGGGAAAAGUAAGGUAACGGGAACAAGCCGGAGAAAUGAGAAGGGCAAGAAGGAUAAGCAUGGUGAAGCGCAAAGGAGUGGCUGGAGUUUUAAAGGUUUCACGUAUGCUUUCCAGAUUUGGGUAUAUGAAUUAAUUCCUAGAAUGGCGGACCUGAAUUACUGCAAGGUUGUUGAUCCGACCGCUGUCCCGCGUAUUUUGCGAUGGAGAACUACUACGUCUGUUCCAGAGAUGAGAAAGUUGAACAAUUAUUUUUUCCAGAGCAAAGAGUCAGUUCAGUUGCGGGCGCUAUGUCCGAGUGAAGAGGAAAUGAGACAGCCAUAUUGGAGUUGGCCACAGGAUCGCCCUGCUGUUGUCUCGGCAGAGUCAAUUCCUUCUUCAUGUGGUGAUCUUGAUGAGUUGAACAAGGUGGUAAGCUUGUUGAGGUCCGAGUUGUUUCAAGUAAAGCGGGAAAAAGACGUCCUUCACUUAAAGGUCAUACGGAUGGAAAAACUGUUGGACCAAUGUUUAGGUCCUCAGUUUGAGCAGGAAGUAAGGAGGGACCUAGCUUUACUGAAACAAAGGACGAAUCGUUGUGUCGUCUCACAUCUAUUUAAGGGAUAUAGGGAAAUGGAUGACAUUCAAUGGGAUGAAGGGCCAAAGCACGGAGGGGACACUGCUUGA